AUGUCUGACGUGAGCUCCGAUCCCGGCAUGGCGGGUCCAUCGUUGAGCCGAGACAUGCAGCACUGCCAACAGCGGCAGCCGCUCAUUCCGCCGCCUCGAAACGCCUUCACGCAGUUCGCUCAGGAGAAGAGGCGAUCGCUGGCCGCUGAUAAGGCGAAUGAAGCCAACCAGCGAAUGUGCUGGCUGUGGCGUUCCCUCAGCGUCGCCGCCAAGAAAUCCUACCAUCGCAAAGCGGCUGAAGUUGCUGCCGUCCACCGAAGGAGAUACCCCGACUACGUCCAUCGCGGGGCCCGCCAGCGCAAGAUGCACGAGCACGAGCAAGAGGGGCAUCUCUGGAGGAAAGCACUGCAGCUGAAUUUUCGCGGCCGCUUUGCAGGGUCGCGACAUCUGGGAGUUGCAGGAGCCAUCUGCCGCCAUUUGCACUGCCGAUGUUCUACAAAUGGCGUGCAAACUGGUCUGCGCACGGUAGAGCAUCGUGCACUGGAAGUGAAACACCGUUUCUUACGCCGUUGA